AACAAUGCCUGCUUGGACAUGUAGUUUAGAAGAUCACAAUGGGUCGGAAAGUUGGUACUCUUCGAAUUAAUCCCAAGAAAUUUGGCUCUCUACACAAACCCUGCAUGAAGGAGAUGAUGACCUUUCUCAACUGCUUGGCACUUAACCACAACAGUGAUGAGAAGUGUGUCCGAAAUAAGGAACUUCUAAAUACUUGUAUGGAUGCUCAGAAUAACAACAGAAAGCCAUUGGGAAGCAUUAAUUACCAUAUGCAAAGGCUUAGUAGGGGAAAGAAGUAAUUUUUGGAUUUUCUAUGUAGCAAAUUUCAACUAAUUUAAUGGUUCUUAGGAGUCAUCAUUUCAGACAUAAAGAAUUAUCAUUUUGUUUUUUGCACCUAGAAGGAUAUUCUUUUUUUUUUUCUUUUUAAAUAUCUUCCAUUUCCAUUUCGAGGAAAUGUGCUAAAAAGAUCUCAAAUUUUCAGUCCUUCGACUAAUGCUUCUUAUGAGAUUUUGAAUAAUUUGUAAAACAGAGUAUAUGCUGAUUAUAGUAGGGCUGAACAUCUA